AUGCAAAAUAUUUCCAAUAGUACUCAGAAUAUAACAUUCGAAUUUUUAAAAAUUGCUGGCACGGAUUUACAAGAUAAGGCUUUGAAUCACACUGUAGCUUAUGGAAUACCCUUAUUACUAUUAUUACAUUUCAUUAUCUUACCGAUGAUUUUAAUCUGCUGGAUCUUACUUCUUCGAGUUCUACGUAAACUAGGAUUCAUAACUUCAGUUGAAGAAUCCAACAUUGCAAAAAAUAUUAGCGAAAUACCUUUAGGAAAUUUACAAAGAACUUAA